AUGAAGACUGUAUUCGUAUCUGCUCUUGCUAUCACGCUUGGCGUUGCCUACGCUGCCACGAAAUGCGACCUAACGGCCAUUGAGUCGUCACUCAAGUCCGACAGAAAAAUCAAAAAUGCUCUGAGAACUGCGCAGUCUGAAUGCUUCGAGGCCACGGGGUACGACAUCUUUGACAUUUCCGUCUUUCCGACGCCUGAACAGUCCAAAGAUGCCCAGCUGAGCAGCUCUUGCUCUCAACUCGUCAACAUUGUCAAUGUACAAGCCAAUGUCGCCAGCCAGUGCACGAUCGAGGUGAACGGAACAACCAUCAGCUAUGGGAAACUCGUCAAUGCUUUCCUCGAUGGCAAGACGGGCAACGAGUCCGACUCGGGCAGCGGAUCUGUUGAAUUCCCAAGCGAAAGCGACUCAGGUUCGUCUGAAGACGAAACCAACUCGUCAUUCUCGUCCCCAACCUCUACGUCUGGAUCGGUUACCACCGCUCUUUCCUUCGUCACGUACGGCGCCAUCGCUGCCAUCGCUGUUGCACUUCACUAA